CCCGGUUUGCCAGUCACAUAGUUUUCAGUCGUUAUCUAGUUGCGCAGUGGGGAUACCGGCCGGACUAGACGAUUUGUCUAUUUCACAAAUACAAAAAUAUGGAAUUUUUGCGGUUUUUAUUAUUAACAACCGUCCUGGUUGCACCUACGCUGGCCGGUGGAUGGCAUGGAAAUUUUCAGAAUGGCCAAGGUCAGCAGCAGAAUAAACCCGACUGCGUGGAGAACACUGUACCCAACCAGCCGGCACCCAACAAUUUCAACAACCAGCGGUCUAACCAACCGCCCCCGAACAACGGCCAAUACGCCCAGCAGCUAUCCAACUCUUAUCCCAGCCAAAACUUUAAUCCGAACCAAAAACAGUUCCGGCAGUUCGAGGGUCAACAACUGAACGCCGUGCCGCAGAACUUCCAACAAAAACAGAAUUUCCGUCCUAACAACCAGCAGAACUUCCACCAAAACGGUAACGGUAAUGGCAACGGAAAUGGUAAUGGCCACCAACAGCCCCAGUUCCGGCCCAAUCAGAAUCAAGGCCCACAAGCCCCACCCCUCUCCCCUUGCGAACAGUGGAAACUGCAGCAGAACCGCAACCAAGUCGGUCUGCAGGGCAGCGGGAAACCCUUCACGGAAUUCUUCGAGAAUCGUCCGCAAAACGGCAACGGACAAGGUUACGGGCGCGGAUUCAACGGCAAUGGAAGCGGUAACGGGAAUGGUAACGGUUAUCGCAAUGGUAACGGGCAGAAUUAUAUGAAUAAUCAACAAGGUUACAACCAACCACAACAGUUUAACGGAAACGGAAACGGGAAUGGCUAUGCGAAUGGCAAUGGAAACGGUUACGCCAAUGGUAACGGAAACGGUCAACGACCGAAUAACCAAGGGAAUUUUGGUCAACCUCCUAUGCAAAACAACCCAUGUCCUUCCGGAUAAAAAAAUCGAUACUUCUGAUUCUAAGCUCUUUACAAAAAUUUAAUAGAUUUUACUCUUUCAAGCUGUUGUUAAUUUUGCUCCUUUACGUGUUAGUUAGCCUGUUUAACGAUACCUGCGGCCGCGGGUCGGUCGUUUUAGUAUAAUUGUGCUCCGAAAAAUUUACUCAAAAUUAUUUAUACGUAUGGAUUUAUUUAAUGAAGACUUUCUGACAAAACCAA